AUGUCCCAAGGCCACAUCAUCCCCCUCCUCCACCUCUCCCGCCUCCUCUGCCGUCGCUCCUCCUCCACUGCCGUCACCGUCGUCUCCACUUCCGGCAACUCCGCCGCCAUCCGCUCAGCCCUCGCCGGCUCCGGCGUCUCGAUUCUCGAGCUCCCUUUCCCUGAAAACGUCGACGGCGUGCCGCCGGGCGUCGAGAACACCCAACACCUCCCCUCCAUGCAAUCCCUCCUCCCUUUCCUCCAAUCCACCAAGCUCAUGCAACCGAUUUUUGAGAAGUUUCUAGGAACCCUAACCCCAUCUGUCUCGUGCAUCGUCUCGGAUGGGUUCCUCGGUUGGACCCUCGACUCGGCCCGAAAAUUCUGCAUCCCGAGGUACGCGUUCUUCGGGAUGGGAAGCUUCUCGAGCACAAUGUAUCAGGUGCUCGGGAGGGAACGGCCACACGCGGGGACGGUUUCUCUGGACGAGCCUUUCCCCAUGCCAGGGUUUCCUGGUCUGAUGCUGACCAGGAACGAUUUCGACCCGCUUUUCGGUGAGAUUGACCCGUGUGGGCCUUACGUGGACUUCAUGAUGGAGCAGUUGGCGGCCAUAGCCGCCAGUCGAGGGAUUAUUGUCAACAGUUUUUACGAGCUCGAGGGGGAGUACAUCGAGUAUUGGGACCGGAGGAUCGGGCCAAAGGCCCACUGCGUGGGCCCGCUUUGCAUGGCGGUUGUUGACGGGCCGUGUUUCACCGACGAGGAGGGGAAACGGCUGGCGUACGUGGAGUUUUUGGACCGGAAGUUGUCGGGGGGCGAGCCGGUUUUGUACGUGGCAUUCGGGACUCAAGCGGAGGUUUCGGAGGAGCAAAUCAGGGAAAUUGCGAAGGGUUUGGAGGAUUCAAUGGUGAGUUUCUUGUGGGUUUUGGGGUGGAGAGAGGCUGAGUUUUUGGGGGGGUUAGGCUUUGAGGGAAGGGUCAACGGGAGGGGAUUGGUGGUCAAGGGGUGGGUUGACCAGUUUGGGAUACUCCGGCACGGUGGGGUUGGGGGGUUCAUGAGCCACUGCGGAGAUGCCUCAGCAAUCACGGUUCAGUUCAGAUCCAGGACAAUUAUAAUUAUUAAUUAA